CGGCAGAGUCCUCAGUCUGCCCACAGUUGAAGGGUCACAGUCAGCAUGGCCGCUUCUGUUCUCUGCAGUAACACUCGGAGCAGGGUGAGCUCUGUGCUGAACAGAGAUGUUAAACAGUUCGGGAAAAACUUCAUGUUUGACUCCAAUGAGGAGACCUGCUGGAACUCUGACCAGGGUGAUCAGCAGUGGGUGUUUCUGGAGUUCCCAGAGCCGGUAAAGGUGUCUGAGCUCAGGCUGCAGUUCCAGGGUGGAUUUUCAGGAAGAUCUUGCAAGUUAGAAGGCUGUAAUAAAGAGGGAAACCUAGAGCACAUUGAAGACUUCUAUCCAGAAGAUGACAACAGUCUACAGAGCUUUCCCAUUCAGGACGCCCCCUUGGUGCAGAAGGUUAAAAUAGUAUUCAAAAACAGUACAGACUUUUUCGGAAGAAUAGUUGUUUACUCUUUAGAUAUCCUGGGGGAACGAUCUUCGUGAUGCCUGGAGAAGGUAACAAAUGAGAGAAACAGAGGAGAAAGAAACAAACAGGCGACCAGCUCAUCAUGAUGGGUGGAUUGCAUAAAAGACUUCUUGCUGCAUGGACUAAUUUUCUUUUUUUUUUUUCAUUAUUCAUUUUACAAUGAUUUUCUAAUGGAUGCAAAUACACACUAGUAAUUAAACUUUUUUUUUUAAUAAAUAAAUCCAUAUCAACCAA